AUGCUCCAGCAGCUUUGCAAAGGCCUGUCUGGAGAAUCCCGGAGAGAUGACCUUGAGCUCUUCAAAGGAGCUCAGGAGGUCCAAGGUGUAAAGUGUGGAAAUACUGACCGAAGCUGGCCAGUAUCCACUCUUAAGGAGGACUUUCAAGUCGGGGGUCCACUGCUGCUGUGUGACAAAUACAGGAAGGGAGUCAUUGACGGCUCGGCCUGCAGCAGUCUGUGUGACAAAGACACGCUCUACCUGGGGAAGUGCUUCACCAUGAAGCCCAAAAGCCAGGUGUACUCUGGGACCUGGGGAGACUUGGAGGGAGUCAUUAAGUGCCAGAUGGAGGAGGCUCCUCAUUAUGAUUUGGGAAAUGCGAUGCAGCACAGGAAGGAGUCUGCGGCCUUCAACCAGCCCACCAAGGGGACAUCUGUGGAGAGGUUCAGAGAGAUGAUCCUCAACCACCUAAAGUCUAAAGUGGUGGAUCAGGCCAACCUUGCAGAUCUGGCAACACAAGUCCUGUCCAUAACAGACGCCAACAAAGACGGCCACAUCUCGCUGCCUGAGGCCCGCUCCACCUGGGCUCUGCUGCAGCUCAACGAGUUCCUGUUAGCGCUGGUCCUGCAGGACAGAGAGCACACGCCCAAGCUGCUGGGCUUCUGUGGAGACCUGUAUGUGAUGGAGAAGGUCCCGUACUCACCCCUGUACGGGAUCAGUCUGCCCUGGGUCAUGGAGGUGUGGAUCCCGGCCGGUGUGCGCCGCAGCAUGGACCAGUGGUUCACCCCCUCCUGGCCUCACAAGGCAAAGAUCUCCAUCGGACUGCUGGAGCUGGUGGAGGACGUCUUCCACGGAACGUUCGGCAGCUUCCUCAUGUGCGACGUGAGCGCCACCAGGUUCGGAUACAAUGAGCGUCACGACCUGAAGGUGAUGGACGCAAGGUACAUUGUUCCUGAAGCCAUUUUCCAAGAAAACAUUAGACAGCAACGAUGCGAUGUGGAUGAGGAUUGUCUCUACGGGGCAGACUGCCUCACUUCCUGUGACCUCACCAAGCACCGCUGCACCCCCGAGGUCACCAGGCCCAAUUUAGCCAAAGCCUGCGAGGCCCUGAGGGACUACACUCUGAGGGGGGCCCCGGCUGAUGUGAGGGAGGAGCUGGAGAAGCAGCUGUACGCCUGCAUCGCUCUGAAGGGUUCCUCAGAACAGAUGGAGAUUGAGCACUCACUAAUUCUGAACAAUCUCAAGACUUUGCUUUGGAAGAAAAUCUCUCAUACGAAAGACUCCUAAGUGCUGAGAGGCACGACAACCAUACAUAUAUGUUUUUAAAUAUUGUACAAUCGUUACAUAAGUUUAGUAUUCACCUUAUAUCCCUUUGACAUGUGUAACUGAUGGUAAACCCUGAAGCUGUCAGGCAUGGUGACUUUAUUGAAUUAAACAAGUAAUCUUUGUCAGUACUGGAGCAACAUAUUUGCACAUUUUUGAAACAGGGAAAUCAAUAAAUUUGACAAAUGCAACACCUGGAUAGUGAGAUCUUGCUUUACCUCUUUGCAGUGCAGUCUUAAGUUUGAGGGCACUUUAAACUGUUAUUCCACUUGUCUUUGCACGUACUUACCCAAGUUCUAAAAGUUAUGUCGGUUGCAGAAACUAUUUCAUUGUCAAUCAUGAAAACUAUGGAUGGCCAAAGGAGAAAUCUAAAAUACAAUUUUAUUCCAACCCAGAUUUAAAAAAGAGAAAAGUUAUGAGAUGAAAUGUUCAAAGUGGUAUCCUACUGUACACAAAUGUUUAAAUUAUAUAUACACAGUACGUAUAAGAUCUGAAAAGACUGUCACCUAAUGUUCGAUUCAUGCAAGUAACACUGAAGUUAAAAUGACAUUCACUCUUAACCGGUUGGUUGGAAUUGGAUGCCAAGUUUAGUUGCAUUCAUUUAUGAAUCCCUUUGUGCUUUUAUAGCAAGCUAAUCAGUCUAUAAACCAUAGUGUUUAGUGGUUAAACAACAGUACUGUAAAGAUUUCCCUUUAAAGGGCAUCAAGAAGCCCCAGACACUGCUGUAGUUUACAGAAAGGACACAAGAGGGUUGGAUUCUUUUUCAAUAGAUUUAUUAGAACAAAUCUUGAUGUGUGGAACGGAGCAGAGUGACCCCUCAUUCUGGAUCCUCCUGUUCCUGAGCGCGGAGGAAGCUGGCCUUCUUCUGGGCGACACGGUCUUUCCUC